AUGGCUAGGCUAACGGUGUUGGACUUAAGAAGGAACAAUUUCACAGGGAGACUUCCACCAUUAUGUGCGCAGAGCACUUCAUUGAGUACCAUUAUCUUGAAUAGUAAUCAAUUUGAAGGACCUGUCCCUGUGUCGUUGCUCAACUGUACUGGUUUAGAAGUUCUUGAUUUGGGGACUAAUGCGAUAAAUGACACAUUUCCAGCUUGGCUAGGAACACUUCAAGAACUGCAGGUCCUUAUAUUAAAGUCCAAUCUGUUCCAUGGGCCUAUUAGUUCUUGUCAAACUGAGUUUUGCUUUCCCAAGGUGCGAAUUUUCGAUCUUUCUCUUAAUGAAUUCAGUGGCUCACUUCCUGCAAAAGUUUUUGGAAACUUCAAGGCAAUGAUUAAAUUAGACGGCGAAGACACAGGAGAGAUCAAGUACAUGGAACCAUCUAUGACGUCAUCUUACUCAUCGUAUGAGGUUUCAGUGAGUUUGGUGAUCAAAGGCCAGGAUAUUGAGCUAGAAAAAAUCACCACAAUAAUGACAACCAUUGAUCUCUCGAGCAACCAUUUUGAAGGUGUCAUUCCAAAAACACUUAAGGAUCUUGGCUACUCAAUUUCUCCUGCCACUAUCUCAAAGGGAAAACUUGUCCCGAAAACGAUGUCUUGGAAUGACAGUACAGAUUGUUGCACUUGGGAUGGAGUCACUUGUGACAUGUUAACUGGCCAUGUUAUCGGCGUGGACCUUAGUUGUAGUCUUCUUCAUGGAACUAUUCAUCCCAACAGCAGCCUCGUCCAAAAUACAUUUGAAACACUGCUUCAAAACUUCACAAAACUAGAGGUACUUUCUCUCUAUUCUGUCAAUGUCUCAUCCCCGAUACCUAUGAAUUUGUCUUCCUCCUUAAGACGAAAUGCUGAUGUUUUCAUUAACCUCCAAGAGCUAGUUGAAUUGGAUCUUUCUAACAACAGCUUCAUUGGUCCAUUACCCUCUUUAAUUUUAAGCUUGACACGUCUUCAACGCUUAGACUUGCCGAGUAAUUCCUUAUCCGGUCCAUUGUCAAGCAACACGAGCAUGCUUCAAAAGCUAACUUUUGUGGAUUUGUCUUAUAACUCACUGAAUGGUACCAUACCGUCUUGGGUGUUUAGGCUUCCUUUGCUAUCUUGGUUGUCGCUUGAUCAUAAUCAAUUAAGUGGACUAGUUGAUGAGCUCAAAGCAAACACGACAUUAGAGUAUUUGGAUUUACGUCAUAAUCAAUUCAGUGGUCCUGUUCUCCGAUCACUUGGAAAUCUCGGUCCACUACCUUCAUCCAUUUGUAACAUGAGCAGCCUUACCUUUCUAGCUUUAUCACACAACUACUUCAGUGACUCGGUUCCUCAUUGCUUGGGAAGCAUGGUUGAGCUAUCUGUGCUAGACUUAAGAGGAAACAAUUUCACGGGUAGUCUUCCACCAUUAUGUGAGCAUAGCACUUCAUUGAGUACCAUUGUCUUGAAUGGUAACGGAUUUGAAGGACCUGUACCUGUGUCUUUACUUAAUUGUCAUGGAUUAGAAGUUCUUGAUAUAGGGAAUAAUGCUAUCAAUCACACAUUUCCAGCUUGGCUAGGAACUCUUGAAGAGCUGCAAGUCCUUAUAUUAAAGUCGAACAAGUUCCAUGGACCUUAUAAGUAUUAG